GCAAUCCAAGAUAACAGCGUCUGAUAGAUCGAAUCAGGGUUCGAUUCCGCAAAAAUUAAUAACAAGUGCUAGAUUAAGUGCGCUAUUCCUCCAGACGGUUUUACAACACUGUCGCUGGAGCAGCUCGUGCUAGCACGAAAAAACAGAGGAAUUUCAUCUUUUCUGUGUAUUUUUACCUUUUCAAGAGAACAAUUGGCGAAGAUCCAUAGUGCUGGUCGAAAGAUAAGGAGACCACUCUGACGCAAGUUGGCUAUAUAGCAAAAAGACUAGACGGAGAUUAUGUAUUCAUACCUAGGGAACGUGGUGUUGCAGGCGCUUCGCAAUGACAAAACAUCACGCAGCAGCAUUUACUUUGCAGCGACCGUCCGAAGGAGGUGUGUGUCGUAUCUUUGAAAACGGUCCGCUCUGUCUCUACUUUUAUCGAUUGUCGUAGCUGUACCGGAAACAAAACUUUUUCCCAAUUUUCCCUGCAGUAGAAGUAUCUAUUCAUCUGCGCGCGAAUGGCCUGGCUUUCUUGAUGAUAGCACACGACGUUGCCAUAAAAUAUACACCGCGAAUCACAAUUUGCCUAUAGCCAGGUCCCCGUGAUUAACCUUGUACCAUAAAGAUUAGGUUCGUUUGCUAGAAUUUUAUUUUCUCUAUCCUGUAGGCUCGGCAGAAGCUCUAGUGAGAAGUAAGUUAUACAAGAGGCGAUUCCGAAUAAAACUAGCAGAUUCUGUCGAAUGAAAAUUCUCCAAAUUGCGCAACUAAGUGAUGCUGUAACAAACAGUUUGUCAUAUUUUGCCACCGACCACCGGCCAACUAGUAAGACCCACCACGGGAGCAAAGGGGAAGACGGGGGCAAAUCUGGCAGAUUCUUGCUUUCCGCGGCUUGUUGGUAUUCGCACGGGAUCAUUCAACGCAAUGCUGGAAAGUCUAAACCGUAUGGUGGAGCGCCACUCUCAGGGUUGGGUUCAGAUUCCGCGAGAACCCAGUGAAGUCGAAGAACAGUGUUGGGACUGCCGCAUCGUUGGUUCCAUCGCUCUCUUAUCCAGUGCAAAAGUAUCGUACUCGUAGUAAUUGCGUUUAUGCAUUACAAAUCUCUUUGUUAAGGCAAAUCUGCAUUACAAAUUUAAUUUGCAAUGCUAAGUCAAUUUGUCAUGCAAUUUCUACUAGUACGAUACUUUUGCAGUUCAUAUCUCUAUUCCACCUCUGCCCUUUCCUGGCGAUGCUUCUUCACGUCACGACGAAAUGACCUGGGCAACCGGGUUUUUUUCGGCGCUAUGGGAGCGGCUUUUCUCGCUCUCGGGACGUACCGCGCAGUAACACCAACAAACCAUGUUGAGUACGCCGGCAAUCCUCGGCAAAUAAGACAAGCGCUGCAGGGUGGACCAUCUCGAAGCAGGGCCGCAAGCGCGCUACCCGAAGAAAGCGUUCCUCCGGCCGCGUCACCUUUAGCGACGGAGAGCCCAGCUAAUCCUUGACGCUUUUUGCCGGGCGUUUCACAGGACGGCAAUGCUUGACAACUCCCUUUGCCUUCACAACAAGUCGCGCAGGUUGAGAUGCGAGUAGGCGAUUGUUUUCAAAGCAGCUCUUUUGCGCCACAAUUCCUGUCGCUGGAAAAUCUUCGCGGUGUAAAUUCUGUCUUUUCAUAGGUUCCAGCAGUGUUGCAAUCACGAGCACGACCUAUUCUUGUUUAGUCUGGGCCAGAAUUUGUCCAUCUGGAAAGCAUACUUUCUACGAUGGUGGCUUCGCAGAAGGAACAGGGGUGGAUUUUGUGCUCCUACAACUCUAUUUUCAUCUAUACCAUGUUGUAAUUAUACCCUUUCGGGUGAGGAGGCCCUUUGUACCUAGUACGGAAUACGCUAGUUAUUCCUCCUGUGCACCAGUCAAUCUACUUCACGGUUACCAAGUACAUUAAAGAAAGAACUGAGACUAAAAUUGUAUCCUCAAAUAGUUCUUGUUUUCUCCCUGGUUAUCCUGAAUUCUUUGCUUGCAGCUGUGGAUAGCAACAUCUCUUAGCGGCCGUGGAAACAAACCGAUGGGCGCAUUUGCGAAAAAACCUUGCAAGUACCGGUCAAAUCUUUCUCGUUCGCAUCACGCAAGUAUUAUUUUAUCCUGUGGCCUCUUGCGGUUUGCCGCUUGUGACCGCAUUCGUCCACUGUGCAGCUGUCAGUCCAGGAAAAUUUUCCAUGUUCUCAGUCAAGCGGAUGUUGGAGCCAAAAGUCGUAGAAGCCUCACACUAGGGCGGGGGACCACUACAUGCCGGAGCCUCAGCGUCCGCACC